AUGUUGACCGGAUCACCACGCUAUUCAGAAUUUCACCUCAUGAAGAACCCUCUAAAGGUCAUGACGGCUAUCAUUCAACGGCUUCGGAGGAAGCGCAAGCUCGCGUCGGAUUUUGACUCGCGAUGGGGGGAUAUGGCCAUUUCCAGUCCGAACGACGGGUCUUGGAGCCAGUAUGACGCCGCCUCCACGAGAGCCAGUCCUGUCUCCGCAAGGUCGUCUGAGCACGGCAACGGCAACGCAUGGAAAUUGAGCCCUGGGGAGUCCUCUGAGCCAUACACACUUGCCAACGGACGACAUACAGAGAGCCGAAAGACAUCGCUCGAUUCUUCUUCAGCCAUGCCUACAGGCUACUACGAUGCACGAGUCCGCCGACGAUCCAGAACAAAAACCAGUUCUCCAGAGCCGCAAACCGCGCAACACGCACCGAUAAGCCUCCCAAAGGCCUGGGAGGAGAAGCAAUUCGGAGACAGCUCAGCAGACGAAGCGGUGGACGACGUCUCAUCCCUCGGCUCUCCACGCGGGAAACUGGGGACAGCAGACGACGCGAAAUCCGGAGGCUCGAAAUCGCCUCCAUUAUCUGUGACCUCGCGAAUGAGACGUUUCAGCGGCCAGAGCACAUUCACUGACGCGAUAUUCUCUGCACCGGCCACGGCCAGUUCGCAACGGACCAGUUUCAGCCUUGAAGAUUCUCGCCUCGCACGACAUCCACCGACACCGCAUUCCCUUUCGCAGCACGAAAAGAACCCUCCUCUACGAGCAAAGGCUCGGGACGCGGGGCCGGCCCCUGGACAACAGCAGCAGCAGCAGCCUCAGCAACUGGUCCCUUCGUACGAUGAACUUUACGGCUAA